CAGAGAAGAUUGAGAAUGGGUCAUCACUGCUGCAGUAAACAGAAAGUGAAAAGAGGUCUUUGGUCUCCAGAAGAAGAUGAAAAACUCGUUAAACACAUCAACACCCAUGGCCAUUCCUGCUGGAGUUCUGUCCCAAAACUAGCUGGACUACAGAGGUGUGGAAAAAGCUGCAGGCUUAGGUGGAUAAACUACUUAAGGCCAGAUCUAAAAAGGGGCUGUUUUAGUGAACAAGAAGAGAGGAUUAUAAUUGAUGUACACAGAAUUUUGGGGAACAGAUGGGCACAAAUAGCGAAACAUUUACCUGGUAGAACUGAUAAUGAAGUAAAGAAUUUUUGGAAUUCUUGCAUAAAAAAGAAACUUAUUUCUCAAGGCUUUGAUCCAAACACCCACAAUCUUCUUUCAACUAAGAAAAAAAACAACAAUAAUUAUACCAAAUCAUCAAUUUUCACUAUUGAAACUAGUUUAUCGUCAUCAUCAACUAAAGAGUUGGUUUCAAUGGACAUGAUCAAAGCAAGUCUUGCAGCAUUGUCAACUUUUCCUAAUUACGCUAAUAAUAUGAGUAUGCCUCAGUACCAAACAAGUUUGAGUCGGCUAUAUGGAUCUGUCUGUGUUCCCACCACUACGAAUAUUAUUGGAAACUCAAACUUCGCCAGUACAAUUGAUUACAACAAGCAGAGUACUAUUAUUAAUGAAAAGUGUAUGUGGUCUGUUACUGGAUUUGAAACUCCACAACAUGAAUUUGGUAAUGGACAUGAAGAAAUGAAGCAAGAGGCACAAGUUCAGUUUGAGGAUAAGAAUUGUCAAGAGGAAGUACUCUACAAGGUUAAUGAUCUUCAUGAGUUCAACCAUGAUGGACGACGAAUCGCGGAGAAUGUGACAUUUGAUGAAGGCUCAGACUUUGAUUUUGAGUUUAUGGAUUCUGAAUUGGUACCACGUGGAAUUUUCACUAACAUAGAUUCUAUAGAUCAACUUGCAUGGGAUUGUUAAUUCAAGUGGUUGUUAACAUUUUUUUUUUUAAAAAAAAAAUCACUAUACAAAUGUUGCAUGUUAUUUAUUUGGUUGCAUUAUCAUGUUGGUUUAGCAGAAUUUUUGAAGAGAAAAUGGUAG